CUCUCUCUCUCUCUCUCCGUCUUUCGCUUCUUUCUUCUCAACACUUCCAAAACUAUAGAUUUCCUUUUCCUGCAACAUCGAUUUACUUAGCCUAUUUUCGCUUAGUUCAUCGAAGUAUCGGUCGAGUAGAAUUGAUCUUUGAUUAUGCGAUUCUUUAGAAGAAUAGCGGGGCUUCUGGGGUUUGUCAGAGACGAUGGUCACGAAGUGAAAGACCAAGAGAACGACCAUCACAACAGUAAUAACAACAACAAUAAUCAACCGCCCAGCAACCGUCCGCUUUUCCAAGAAACUGGCCUUCCACGAAGGGGAUUUAGCGUCCCUGUUCAGGUCGCCAUCGAUCGUCCCCAGCCUGGCCCUCUGCUCCUCCCCUGCACUUCCGGUGACGGCGGCGUCCAGGGUCUGAAAUGGUAUGCAAAGCGUCUUAGGAUGGAUGAAGAUGGAGAUGUAGCAGAUGAGUUCCUUGACGAAGUCUUGCCAGAAACAUCAAGCGCAGCUAGUGCGGAAAAUGAGCAGAAGCCAUUCCCAAAGUUCAAAGUGAAGUACACUACGAGACCAGCUAAGGUGAAGACCCAGGUCUUGUCCCAUGAUGGGAAAAUCCAGCAGUGCGUGGAGUACCAAGGAAGACUGCAGUGGGUAUGAUUGUUGGCAUAUUUCAUUUGUUUGGUCUAAUAUAGCAAAAAAGCGUGUUACCAAUUUAAUUCUUUUGAAUAGAUUUAGAUUUUCUCUUUCUUUCUUCUAACUUCUGUAUUAAUGGUAAUAACCUGCAUUCACUGUAUCAGUAUGAUGUACAAAAGGCGUUUUUUUUUUUGUUGUGGUUUCUAAGAAGAUUUUGGUUCAGAAUUUUCAGAUUUGGCUGUUCCAUCAAUGAAGUCAUUUUGUAUAA